GCCUGUGCGUAGUCAGUAAACAAAACAUGCACACCCAAUUCUGAUUUUUGCUAACGUAACCACUACCUGCAGAAAGGCGGUACUUUUAAAUCAGGACUUCGGCAAUCCUGCGGAUAUAACACGGAAUUGAAAAUUACGAUGGAAAAAACGGAAGAUCUUUCGACAAUACCCUCCCUCACAAAAGAGCUCGCAGAUAUAUUUGCAGAGGAGUCUGAAAAUGAUCAAACAUUUCAUGGGUUUUCUGAAAAUGAACCAGGCUACCGGUACAAACAGAAUGCAGGCUUUGAUGAUGGGUUGGAGGCCAUUCCUCAUCAAUCCCUCAACAAGAACAACCUUACCUCUGAACGGUUUGGUGGUGCUCAGCCAUUCACUCUGAGGGUGUCCCUCCGCCUGCAUUCCCACACAUCUCACUCGAAUCAAGAGGAUGGCAAGGUGAGCAAGGACGAAGAGACAGAAGAACUAGUUGUUAAGAAGAAAAUGGCUAAUCCAAGGAAGAAGAGGCGUGUGAAGAAUGAAGAGGAAGAGCAGGCCAUGGCCCCUUUAUCUGUUAAAUGUGGUUCAGAUUCAGAGGGUGACGAAAAGGAAACCUUCCUAUCCAAGAGGGCCCGGACCAUCGAGGACAACAAAGCGAUGUUGGCUCAGCUGAUGGCAGAUCUGCAGAAGAUGCCCGGAGGCGCAGGGAUUCUGACAGCACACACACCAAACGCCAAAAAAGCCAAAGAGAAAGGAGCUAAGACACCUCGGUCCGGUAACGCCGUCAGGGAGUCACGGAGGAACCCAGAGAGAGCCACCCGGAGGCAGACCCGCUCCAUGGGGGUCUGUGAGGACCCCUCGGGCCCCCGGGACCCCAAGCUGGAGCCCAGCCUGGAGGACGAGCUGCUGGAAGUACGCCACGCCCCGCGCCGCCGCAUGCCGCGGCCCAGCCAGACCAGACCCCACGUGGUGCGGCCGGUGGAGGACAUCACUGAGGGGGAACUCCAGCUGGUGGCGGACCAAAUGACGGAGAAGGUCUACGACAGAGUCAAUGGCACUACCUGUCACCAGUGUCGGCAGAAGACCAUUGACACAAAGACAUGUUGCCGCAAUGAGGCGUGUCGCGGGAUUCACGGGCAGUUCUGUGGGCCAUGUCUGAAAAACCGAUAUGGAGAAGAAGUCAAAAAGGCUCUGCUUGAUCCGGAGUGGCAUUGUCCAAUGUGUCGGGGCAUCUGCAACUGCAGCUUCUGCCGGCAGAGGGAGGGCCGCUGUCCCACAGGCAUCCUCUUCCCCCUGGCGCAGGACCGAGGCUUCUCCGAUGUCCACUCCUACCUCAGCAGCCUCACUGACAAACUGAAGAAUGGGGAGGAAGAUGACGAUUUGUGAUUUGGUUUUAAUUACAAAAGGAUAACUAGCCCUUUAAUUAUAUUGUUCUCGUUUCAAUUGAAUGUGAUUGUUUAAUUUGUAAUAAACUUGUUUUA